AUGAAAAGGAAAUCAAAUUUAGUGUAUUAAACUCAUGACAGCCCAUAAGACACACUGAGCAAAAAACCAAAGCAUCAUUACUUAGUUACUUUCUUAUUAGAAUUCCUUGACUGGUUCUUUUUCAAUAUGCCUCCAGGUCCAAAAAUAGUGAAAGUUUCCUUUGUUGUUAAUAGCUAGAAAGUGCUUAUGCCUAUUUACUUAAUAUUCUUGAUCAAGUACUAUGAGAACUACUCAGAUCAAAUGAUAUUAUACUCAAUUAUGCAUGGUUCGUAUGGAAUUUUCUGGUAUAUGAAACACGUCUUUUUCCCUGAUAAAUUUAGUGAUUUUAAAUUCACUAUUACAUGUGCUAUUACAACAUGGAUGAUCUUAUUAGGCCCAUAUAUGGUUCCAGCUUGGCUUAUAGCUAGUAGAAACACAAUGGAAAUAGUUGAUAAAAAGUGGCUCUAUUCUUGGCUUUUGGUUUACAUAUUUGGUGUAGUUUUAACUCUGUGCUCAGAUGCAUAAAAGAACAUCACUUUGCAAUUCAUUUAAGAGCACAAUCUUUAUAAAGGAAAGCAGUUCCUUAUUACGGAAGGAUUUUUCAAGCAUUGCCGAAACCCCAACUUCUUAGGGGAGAUGAUGAUGUAUUUCUCCUUUGCAGCUGUCUGUAAUCACUGGGUUGCUUAUUCAAUUGUAAUUUACUCAUGGCUGACCAUAUUGGCUGCGAGAAUAUUCCAGAAAGAGAUAAGUUUGAUGUCUAAACCAGGAUGGGAGUAAUAUGCUCAGUAGUCUUGGCUAUUAAUACCAAAGAUUAAUGGCAGGACUCUUGAUAGCAUCAUAUUUUACUCAAUUUUAGGAUUUUCUAUAUAUAUCCUUGUUGGGUAAUGA